AUGUCCAAAUGCAUGGUGACUCCAAAUUUCACACUUUGCAAAGUUUGUGCGCAACCGGCUAAUGGAAAUCACUUUGGAAUACAAAGUUGUAGAGCGUGCGCUGCAUUUUUCAGAAGAGCGGCCCACUCGAAAUGGGGAUCUCAGCCGUGUAGAUCACACAAUUGUGAGAGGAAGUUGAUUCCGUGCAAACCAUGCCGUCUGAAACGAUGUCAAGAACAAGGAAUGAGCACCAGCAACUUCCAAUUCAAUCGAGAUAUUCUCAAACGAAUACUCCCUCGAUCUGUGGAAAUGUUUGUCGGAAAACCGGAAUCUGUGAUAUUUUGUGACUCCUCGGAAUCUGUGUCCAGUGAAAAAACAUUCAUCAAUGUUCAAAAGUUGAUUGACAAUACUUCGGCAAUCUUGAAAAAUGGAAUGGAAACCCCAGUGAGUGGAAGAAAUCAACUACAGAAAUUGGCAAAUGGAUUCGGAGGAUUCACCAGUCAAGUUUCUGUCAAGUUUCUGAAAACAAUGUCGAAAGAUGAGACGGCCGAUUGUUGGGAAUAUUAUAUUACGACCACAGCGAGAUGGUUGACGUUUUUUGAUGAGUUCAGGUUACUUCCAGAUGAGUUACAACUUAAAAUAGCUCUAGCUGUGUGGCACGUGUGGGGUCGGUUAGAGAAGCACGCUAUUACUGCAUUACUUCGGAAGCAAAACUUGUUCUCUGAUCGACAUAUGGUAGUGGUUGGAAGGAAUGUAUUGAUUAAUUUGGAAGAAUUCGAUUAUGAUCACACGUGGCUUACCAAGUAUCCACCGGAGCAGGUGGAGUUCUUCACUGGCGUCAAAUCCAUGGAACUAUACGAAUCUGUCGACUAUCUCAUCGAUCUGGAACCCACUCAAGUUGAACUGACCUACAUGUUGGCUCAAAUCAGUUUCCAGUAUGCUGGACAGCGAUUCCAGGGAGAAAUACUCAAAGCAUCGGAGAGAUUUCAACAAAUUCUCUCAAAUGAUUUGCAUGAUUAUUAUGUGAAUGAGUUGGAGAAACCGAGAUAUUCUGAGAGGUUGGCGAAGAUGAUGAAAGUGAAUAAUAUGAUUCAGAGACACGUCAGAGAGAUCCGACCACGUGCUGAUCUAGCAAGAACAUUUGAUAUAUUUUCUGUAGAAUUUUCUCAUCCUGAAGUUUUUCAUGAUACUGGUUUCUGA